UGUAAUUAAUAGCUGAAAUUAGGAAGUGGCCCGAUUUUAUUUUCUUGAACGGCACCUAUGUCAUGAAUCCACAGCCCAAACGGAGAUGGGGUGAAGUCGAUGGAAGAAGCGAACCGGCGCUACCCCACCAGGCUACCAGCGAGCCACCACCUCACAUACACAUACAGUCCCCUAAACCCACUGGCCGGCGCUCACGCAGAAUAGCAGUGCAGGGCGCAGGCGUCGAUCUCCCCGUACCUGCAACUGCCACCCAACCCCGCCACCAAAAGGGCCGCCGCGACAUUCGAUCCAUGGCUGCCACCGAUGGCAGGGGUGCGCCGCUGUCCAGCUCCCGCGUGGCGGUGGCGAGGGGACUCGUGCACGCGGCGCAGGUCGCUGCAGGCUUGGCCGUGCUCCUCUGCGCCUUCGCCGACUUGCCCUGGGCUGCCGCCGCGGCCGCCGCCUGCAUCCUCCGCGUCGCCGCCUCCUUCCUCGCCCCGCCGCGCCUCUGCUUCCUCGCCGCGCACGUCAUCCUGAUCGCCCUCGCCACGCUCUUCCGCCGCGACGCAGCCUCGUCCUCGCCGCCGUCCGCGGACCCUCCCGGCUCCAGCGGCGACGCCCAGGCCCAGCACCCGUUCCUCGCGCUCCUGGGCCCGCCGCUGCCGCCGGUCACCGAGGCGGCGGAGCCCUCCGGGGAGGAGGAGGCGCCGCCGGAUGAGGCGCUCGACGGCAAGGAGGCGGCGCACCACGCGAGGACGGUGUGCGCCCAGCCGCCGCGGCGGGCCAUGUCGGAGAAGACCGGCGGCAGCGGCGGCGCAGCGGGCGGCACGGCGAGGGCGGCGUCGGCGGAGCUGCGGCGUGCCAAGUCGGAGAGCGGCAGGCGCCGGCAACGACGUUCGGCGGCGGCGGCGGCGGCGGCGCCGGUGGAGCUGGGGAUGGACGACGCGGAGGCGUUCCGGCUGGCGGUGGAGGCGUUCAUCGCGAAGCAGCAGACCUGGUUCCACCGCGAGGAGUCGCUGAUCGCCCGUACCGCCGACGACGCCGGCGGGGAAGACGGCACGGCGAUCGCCGGCGCUGCGGUGGCUGUGAAGUGAGCGAGCAACGCAGCCACCACCGGUACCACCACCAGGCAGUGAGCCGAGGCUGCUCGCUGCUGCAAUAAGGGUGAUGCGUGUGAAAGGAUCGGAAGAAGAGAACAGGGGCCAACAGCCAACUGUGGUGUGAGCCAAAGGCAGACCGGUGCUUUGUUAAAUGAACAAGUUUUGCCUUUCGCCCGCU